GCAUUAUUAAGAAGCUUUUAUGGUUAACCACCAGGUGGAAUCAAGUUAUAAAUAGACGGUCAUACUUUUAUAUACUGUGAUUUAUUUCAAAAACAUAAAUGGCAAGGGAACCGGAUGAAGAAUUGCGGAAGGCGUUUUCGCAAUUGCAUGAAAAGAUGAUAGAUACUACUCAGAAAUUGAAAUUAGCAGAUUUGCAAAUUGAUAAACUAAAACGGACAAAACAACGUACGGAAUUAAUCGUGAAAGAGAUAACCUCCUAUCCGAAGAAUACGAAGGCGUACGAAUCUGUCGGCAGGAUGUUUCUUUUGGAUGAUAUAGAAAACAUUAAAAAUGAUCUUGAGAAACGAAUGAAGACCGCGGAUGAAAAAGUGAAAACUUUAGAAAACAAUAAAACUUAUUUGCAACAAAACUUGAAAGAGAGUGAGAACAACAUCAGAGAAAUGGUUCAGCAGAGACAAAAUAAAGAUACAUCCGGUUAAUUAACUCUUUUUCGUACAAACAUUGUGUUACUGUCAAAUAUUUUCUAAUGUUUUUAUUACUUUGUCAUUAUGAUACCUUUCCUUCAUAGAAUAUACACAUACACAGAUUUUAAACUGUGUUCAAUUUGAAAUGUACAGUUAAAAUAUUGUCUCGUUCAAAUAUUUAGUAAUUAUGAUCAAUUAUUUAUAUCCGAUACUUUAUAUUUUAAUAAUAAUUGCACUAGCUCAUAUAUGAUAUAACUUGUAUUUGUUGCAAACUAUUUACUGACCAAUAAAACAAUUUGCUAAAAUCA